UCUCUCUUAAAAAACCAAUCUCUCUCUCUCUAACGAGGAACAAUGGAGACCAAUUGUGUUCCUAACGAUGAACCCUUUUUGUUCUCUCAACGCAGCGUUUGGGUUAACGGUCCGGUGAUCGUCGGCGCCGGACCGGCGGGGCUGGCGACGGCGGCUUGUUUGAGAGAACAAGGCGUUCCAUUUGUAGUGAUUGAACGAGCCGAUUGCAUAGCUUCGUUAUGGCAAAAACGGACUUACGAUCGGCUUAGGCUUCAUCUUCCAAAGCAAUUUUGUCAGCUCCCUCGGCUUCCAUUUCCUCAAGAAUUCCCAGAAUACCCUUCCAAGAAACAAUUCAUUCAAUAUCUUGAAUCCUACACACACAAAUUCGAAAUUAAGCCACGGUUUAACGAAACCGUUCAAUCGGCUCGGUUCGAUCAGACCGGUGGGCUUUGGCGUGUCAAAACAGAGUCCAGUUCCGGUGAGGUUGAGUACGUUUGUCAGUGGCUUGUUGUUGCCACCGGCGAGAAUGCUGAGUGUGUCAUGCCGGAAAUUGAAGGUCUUAAUGAAUUUUCCGGCGAGGUUUUGCAUGUUUCCGAUUAUAAAUCCGGCGAGAGGUUUAAAGGGAAGAAUGUUCUUGUCGUCGGAUGUGGGAAUUCCGGCAUGGAAGUUUCUUUAGACCUUUGCAAUCAUGAAGCUUCUCCAUCAAUGGUGGUUCGGAGCUCGGUUCAUGUUUUGCCGAGGGAAGUUCUUGGGAAAUCUACGUUCGAAUUGGCUGUUUUAUUGAUGAAAUGGCUGCCGCUAUGGCUGGUGGACAAAUUGAUGUUGAUUUUGGCAUGGUUAGUGCUUGGGAGCAUAGAGAAAUAUGGGCUAAAACGGCCAUUAAUGGGGCCAUUGGAGCUCAAGAACACGACAGGAAAAACCCCUGUUUUGGACAUUGGAGCACUUAACAAAAUCAGAUCCGGAGAUAUUAAGGUUGUUCCAGGGAUUAAAAGGUUCAACAGAACGGAAGUCGAGUUCAUCAAUGGCGAAAAAAUGAGCAUUGAUUCAGUACUUUUGGCCACUGGAUAUAGAAGCAACGUGCCGUUUUGGCUUCAGGAAAGGGAAUUCUUUGGCAAAAAUGGGUUCCCAAGAACACCAUUCCCAAAUGGAUGGAAAGGAAAAUCUGGGCUUUAUGCUGUUGGGUUCACAAGGAGAGGGCUAUCAGGAGUAGCCUCAGACGCCAUUAAAAUUGCCCAAGACAUAGGCAGUGUUUGGAGAGAGGAAACAAAGCAGCAAAAGAAGAAGAACCCAAUUGCUUCCUUAACAAGAUGCAUUUCACAAUUCUAAACACAAAAACCCUAAUCUCCAUUGUUCAUUCUUUUGCUGUAAAUUCCAAAUUCCACUGUAAAAAAACAAAGGAUUAGAGAUAAAUAUAGACAGUAAAAAGGAUGA